GUGACGCCGGCGGUUGCCAGGCGGGGCUGGCUGGCGGGCCGGAGGCGGCGCGGGCCCGGCCCUGGCCGUUUUUAAAGCCCCGUCGCCCGUCUCGCCGCUGCCGUCCGCGCUCCGCCGGCCCUGUGCCUGUCCCGUGCCUGCCCUCGCCCACCCCGUGCCGGCGGCCAUGGAUGCGCGGGCGCGCGCCAAGCGCUACGAGAAGCUCGACUUCUUGGGGGAGGGGCAGUUUGCCACGGUCUAUAAGGCGAGGGAUAAGAACACCAACCAGAUCGUGGCCAUUAAAAAGAUUAAACUGGGACAUAGAUCAGAAGCUAAAGAUGGAAUCAACAGAACAGCCCUCAGGGAGAUAAAAUUGUUACAGGAGCUAAGCCAUCCUAACAUUAUUGGUCUUCUAGAUGCAUUUGGACACAAGUCUAAUAUUAGUUUGGUGUUUGAUUUUAUGGAAACAGAUCUUGAGGUUAUUAUAAAGGAUACUAGUAUUGUAUUGACGCAAUCUCACAUCAAGGCAUAUAUGCUGAUGACACUUCAAGGAUUAGAAUUUUUACAUCAGCACUGGAUUCUGCACAGGGAUCUUAAACCAAAUAAUUUGUUGUUAGAUGAAAAUGGGGUUUUGAAAUUGGCUGACUUUGGCUUGGCAAAAUCUUUUGGAAGCCCAAAUAGAGUUUAUACACACCAGGUAGUAACAAGGUGGUACCGAGCCCCAGAGCUACUGUUUGGUGCUAGAAUGUAUGGUGUUGGUGUUGAUAUGUGGGCUGUCGGUUGUAUUUUAGCUGAGUUGCUCCUCAGGGUUCCCUUUUUGCCUGGAGAUUCUGAUCUUGACCAGCUCACAAGGAUAUUUGAAACACUGGGCACUCCAACAGAAGAACAGUGGCCUGGAAUGAAAAGUCUUCCAGAUUAUGUCACAUUUAAGUCUUUCCCUGGAAUGCCUCUUCAACAUAUCUUCAGUGCAGCUGGUGAUGACUUGCUCAAUCUUCUGCAAGGUUUAUUCACAUAUAAUCCUUGUGCUAGGGUUACAGCUACUCAGGCAUUGAAACAGAAGUAUUUCAGCAACCGACCAGGACCCACUCCAGGAAAUCAGCUGCCAAGACCCAACUGUCCUGCAGAAGCUAUAAAGGAGCAACAGAAUGCAUUUAUAAAUUUAAAAAGGAAAAGGACAGAAGGAAUAGAUCAAGGAUUACCAAAAAAACUGAUUUUUUGAUUGCGGAUGGUGGAUGAAAAUAAGUGAAAAUGGCCCAAGUUGCAACCAUGGAAAAAAAUGCUGUUAUGAUCACUGGAUGGUUAUUUUGUAAUAUUUUCGUAUGUAAAAUAUGAAUUUAAGGUUUCCUUACUGAAACUAAGGUUUCCUUAACAUUCUGUUCUGAAUAAAAGUAUUUUUAAGAAGAGAGA